AUGUCUCAGGGGAGGAGGUUGGUGUGUACUGGUUACUCCCGUGCUCUUCAGACACGUGUUCCUACUUCCGACUGUCCGUACAUCCGGGGUAGGCUCAAUAAAAUCGGCCCGUUGCAGGAGAACAACGGGAGCAGCAGUGACGGGGAGGCCGAGGAAGAAGAUGUGGACGUAGCGCUGAAGAAGGAGGUGGCACAGCUCAAAGCUUCUGGAGCCAAACGGGAGAGACGCUUCAUGGCUUUGGACAGCGGGGCUAACAACGUCAUCUUCAUAAAAACUCAAAAUAUAGAAGCUGACAAGUUGGUUCACCUCGUCCUGUCUGAUCUCCACACCACCAAAAAGCACAAGUCACGUGUGAUCCUGAGGAUGCUGCCAGUAACGGGGACAUGCAAAGCGUUCCAGGAGGACAUGGUGAGAUACCUGGCAACUUUCCUGGAGCCUUGGUUCAAAGCCCCGAACUGCGGCACGUACCAGAUCGCCUUCAAGGCCCGCAACAGCAGCCACAACAAGAGGGACGAGAUCAUCAAAACCAUUGCAGGCAUGGUGGGGAAGCUGAACCCAAAGAACAAAGUUGAUUUGACUAACCCAGAACUGACGAUCGUGGUGGAGGUCAUCAAAGCGGUGUGUUGCCUCAGUGUGGUAAAAGACUAUUCACUGUACAGGAAGUACAAUGUCCAGGAAGUAGUUAAAGAGGACACACCAAAGCCUGAUGCAGAAACGGAAACAAAUACACCUGGGGAGAAGGACAAAAAGGAUGAGAAGGAGACGAACAAGGAGGAGAAAAAGGAUGAGAAGGAGACGAACAAGGAGGAUGAAAAGGAGACGAACAAGGAGGAGAAAAAGGAUGAAAAGGAGACGAACAAGGAUGAAGAGGAGAAGAAGAAAGGUGAAGAAGACAAUGACAACAAUGUGCCACAUGACAAGAAGGAGGAUGAAGGUGACGGGGAGUAAAGGAGCUCAUAUUCAGAGAAGAGUUUUGUCAUUUCUAAAAAGAAACCAUCAUCUUACGUUGCAUAUUGUCGUGCUUUUGUUUUUUUUGUAAUGACUGAAACGACUCAACAAGAGAAGUACAGAAUCCUGACGUAAUUACAUUUUUAAAAUAUUUGUAAAAAGAUAUCUGAUACGUUAGUACCAGCUUUAUUGAGAUGUCAAUUUUUUAAUUGAACUGUACAUGUCACCAUUCUGCAGCGUUGCUGCCAUCAACUUACAGUUUUUAAUGCUGAAUUCAAUUUUUAAGUUAUGGUUUUUGACAUUUUACUCAAAGAAUAAAGGGUUUUGUUCAGGUUAACUGGUCUCACAUCUAGUAACUGAGUUUUUUGUUGCUGUUGUUUCCCAAAGCAGUCCCUGAAUUAAAGUUACAUGUGUGUUCUACUG